GUCACUGUCAGAGAGGGAAGAAAAGCAAGUUGGUUUUUUAUUGUUGAUGUUGUGUACAGGAACUGGAAAUAAUUAAAAUGUUAGGGAAUAUAAAGGAAUUUAUAUCCGUUGUGCAAGAUGGGUUAAGUAAUAACAACAAUUUGAGACAAACCCUUCAAGAAGUUCAAAGGGUAAAGAAUAUUUUUAAGGAGAAACACCAACAUUCUAGCGAAGCGAAAGUGAACUAUGGGGCUGGUGGUGCCUUAUUAGAAAAAUACCAAAAUGACUGGGCUGAACUGCAUGCCAACGCUGAGACUAACUCUAAAGCCGCAGAGGACGUUGAUAAAACCAUACAGGAGUUACAUGCUAUUGCUAAAAUAAGGUUACAAAGUGCACAAGAGUUGAGUCACAAUUUGGCCCAAAUACCGAACUUGGCUGCUUCAGUGGCACAGUGUAUGGAGAGCUUGAGAAAUGUACAGACUAUGAUGAGAAACGUAGAGGAGGAAUUGGUCCAAUUUGAAGAUAUUGUGGAGAGAAGUGCCAUGGAGAGCUGGAAAUUGGAUCAUCAUUAUCAACUGUCUUUGUAUAAAGAAAAGAAAAUGGAGGCUCUGGAAGAAAUUAGAAGUCAGCUGGCAAAAGAUAACUCUGUGAAAUCCUGCGAGCAAGAGAGACAACAUCUAGCAGAGUUGCAGGCCAAGAGAGAGACAAGUGCUGCAGCCUUCAACAGCGAUAUGGCUCGAUACUUGAGCAGUGGAACUGUGCCAGCAGUGCCUAAAACCCAACCAAACAUAACCCUAGAACAAAUACAGCUGGACGAUGACAGGACAGACCUAGAAAAAUUUCUGGGUAGUUGAGGCUAAGUGCACAGUCAUAAGAGCUUGUAGACUUGUUAGAUUUUCCAAAGGUAAUGUAUUUUUAAAUAUUCUUAUUUCAUAUGUUAUUUUGUUUUAAAAAGUUUUGUUACACAUGAAAACUAUUUAACUAAUUUUAAAAAGAAUAUUGAGAAAAAAAAAUAUUCAAUGGGAAUUAAACCUGCCUAACAGAAGUGUUUUUAUGAGCUGUCGAGACGAAAGGCAGGGGUACAUUUCCCACUCCUUCUUAAUUCAAAAUUUGUUAUUUCUUGUCUGUAGUUAUAAGGUUUUCGUGGACCACAACUGAUAAAGUAUAUCUUAAUUAAUAUUGAUGUAAAUAAAUAUAUUUAUUGAAUUUUAUAUA